AAAAAACUUCAUCUGCGCGUUGUAAUUAGCUAUGGACUUCACCACUGCAAACUCCUUCCCGGCUGGAGAUGAAAGCGACGGUAGCAACGGCGAUUGGGAUAUCGGGUUUUGUUUGGAUAAAAAGUCCCCUCAAAUUGAGGAUCAGGAUGCUGUUGUGCCACAUGCACAAGAUAAUGUGUCGCUGUUGAAACAAGCCAUCAGUAAAGGAGACAUUGGGACUGUCAAACAGCUGUUGGACGAUGGCAUGGACGUGGAGACCAGGCUUGGCUUUGAUUGGACGCCUCUCAUGUGUGCCGUCAAUGUGGUUAACUACGAGCUCACAGAACUGCUCCUGGACAGAGGGGCCAGCGCCAACUUCAGCAAAGAUAAUUGGACGGUGCUAAUGGCCUGCUGCUCGGCAACUGGCAGUGAAGAUAAGAUCGCCCGCUGUGUGGAGAUCCUGCUGUCCAGAAAUGCUGACCCCAACAUGGUGGACAGGUCUGAGAUGACGUGCCUGAUGGUGGCCGCGUGGAACGGACGCAGUAAGGUCAUCAACCUGUUGCUUUCUCACGGAGCAGAGAUCAACAUCCAGGACAGAAACGGACUCACGGCUCUGUCUAUCGCGGUGCAGUACGGCAAAGAGGAAGCCGUGCUGAAGCUCCUGGAGCUCGGAGCGGAUAAAACUUUACGUAACAAAAAGGGAAAGAGUCCUGCAGACCUGGCUGUGAGGUUCAAACACAAACAGAUCGGCAGAAUCCUGGCGUCUUCGUCCCACAUCGCCACCGUGCAGGCCUUCAGCUCCAUGGAGGAAAACCUCUCCAAGUUCUUCACGACUAACUCUGAACCGCCUCCUUCCAAAGAGAGUGUAACCAAGCUCGGUGACCUUGAGCUCUUCCUUCACGGCCUCAGUCUCGGCCACCUCUCCGACAUCAUGACUGAGAAUGACAUCACCUGGAGCUACCUGUUGACCAUGGACAAGCAGGACAUGGAGAAGGUGGGCAUCACAGACCCGGAGGCCCAGCAGAAAUUGCUGAGUGCUGUGCAGCAGAUGCAUCUGGACAAAGUGGACUUGGACACAAUCAGCUUACCUGCAGAAAGUGGGAGUGAGGAUCUGCAUACCUUCCUGAUCAGCUUGUGGCAGCAGUGCUGUUACCUGACGGAGACGGUUCAUGACGCCAACGGGAGAUUCCCCAGCCACGCCUCUCAGCUGGUCUGGUCUCUGGACCCGAAUAAGGAGGCGCAGGCCGUCUGCAACAAGCUGGUGGUCCAGACCAGAGACCUGCAGAAGGAGGUCACCUGCCUCCGGAACAUUCUCUGCCAGAUGGAGGAAGUUGAACCUUUCUGUCCGCUCCCUCAGCUCGGCAUCGGGAGGAAACGUUUCCUGUCCGGAGUCGCACUGAGCGCGCUGGGAGCGUCCGUCCUGCUGCUGCUGCUGCAGAUGAACAGGAGUGUGUGUUAAACAACAGGAGUGUGUGUUCAACAACAGGAGUGUGUGUUUAAAAACAGCAUGUGUAUCAUGUUAGCCAUCAUAGUGUUUAGUUUCUGAUGACGGUCGGUGAGUAACUGGAUUAUGAAAAGACUGAUUUAGGAAAGUGUUUUGACGAGACACGUUUUUUUUUAUUUGUGCGGUUGCUCUCAUUUUCUACUUUCUCUGUCUUUUUAGUUUUAGUUCGGAGUCUUUCUUUGUGUUCAAAGAGUUUAAAUUAAAGUUUCUUUUGAGAAACGAUUACACUGUCGAAUUUAAGAUUAAAAUCUGAAGUUUGUUUUCAAU